AGGGAAGAUGCGGCAUUCAACACACACAACCCCACAACGAACAGCAGAACUGCAGUCCUCAUCUUGUGGAGGAUUAUCACUCUCCUCUUACCUUCAGUGCCAGUUUCAACAGGAGACUGCCCUCAGUCCAGCAAAGAUCCAUCUCUUCAAUGAGCUGUGGUGUAUUUGGGGACCAUACAGGUUCGAGUGGCUCGGAUUCUUGGAAAAAAUUUAAAAAGAAAGACGUAGUUUAAAAAUGUUUGGAAACGGUGGACCUUUCUCGUAUUCCCCGAGGGGUUUCUCACCGGAGGACCUCCCUCAGAGGAGAGCUUUCCAACAAGAUGACCUCAAGGUUGCUCCACUGCAGAGAAACCUGUCCAGACCCAGUGGGAAAUCAAUAUACAUGCAGAGAAAGGAGUACUCCGAGACGCUGAACAAACAUCCUGACAACUUUCACGUCAGAGUGGAGCACCUGUUCACCUGUGAGCUGGACGGCCGGGAGGUGAAGACAGUGGACGACUGCUUGGCCAAGCUCAAGAGGCUGGAUGCCAAAGGUCGUCUGUGGCCUCAGGAGAUGAUCAUGGAGGUGCAGAGGGGAUAUCUACUGCUCAGUGACAUCGAGACCAAGUCAGAGCUGGAGUCGCUGCCUUUGAGCUGCAUCUUGCAAACCAAAGCUGUGCUGGAUAGCUGCGCCUACAACUCUCUGCUGACCGUAACUGUGCAAGAACACAACAAACGCAUCAAGCAAGUCUUCAUGUUCCAGUGUGAGGAGACUGGGGCGGUGCUCGUGAAGAGUGAUCUGGAUAAGGUAGUCCAAAAAGGAAGUGCUGUUGUGGAGCCACGCAGAGACCAGUAUGACAUCAGGACUGAUCUUGAAAAUAUCAUCGGGCAACAUGUUCCAGGAAGUUUCCGGCAACCUGGGCCUCGUCCUGUGCAGCAAGAGAGGACCCCACCACCACCACCGGAACACCCGGCCCCUCAGUGGAGGAGCAGACAACCAGAAAAUAUGCCGCCUCCACAUUUUGACGCCCCACAAGAAGCAACGAUGCACCAUGCUGAUCUUCAUGAAUUACAUAUUAGCUCCGAGGUCGCUGUGCAAACGGACACAGAGAGGAACACAGACAUUUUAAACCACGUGAUAAAUGAUUUGGAGAUCUUCAUGGACAAAGUGUCUGCUGCAGCAAAUGCAUCUGCUUUACCACAAGAGGACACGAAGAAAAAGAAGGCAUUUAAAAUGAAGAAAAAACCAAAGAACAAUGCACCUGCUUUCAGUCUGCCACUCUGGGAGGAAUAUGUCUCCUAUCUUCAUAAAGUCAAGUAUGGCUUCAAUCUUCUGGGCCAGCUGCAGGGGACACUAAGCAGCCCGACUGCUCCUGACUUUGUCCACAUCUUCUUCACUAGUCUAGGCAUGAUACUGCCUCAGUAUUCUGCAGACCUUCCUCCCACUGUUGUCUCACCGCUGCUGACGGAGGCGGCCCUGCAGCUGCUGAGUCAGGUCGUAGACCCGGAGGAAGACCUCCUGUGGAGGUCUCUGGGAGACAGCUGGAACUUCCCCAGCUCUAGAUGGCCGGAUGAUGACGUCCCAUUUUACAUCCCACAGUUCUAUGAUGGCUGGCAGCCGCCUGCCCCCACAAGCAUGCCUUCCUCACUCCCUUAUCAGAGCGGUCCAAUGAGCAGGAGCGACAGCCAGCACUUCACACCCGACGGCCCCCGUGAGCCACCCCUGUACAUGCGAGUCAUUUACGACUUCACGGCCAGGAACAACCGAGAGUUGAGCAUUAUGAAAGGUGAUGUUGUUCAGGUGGUUCAGAAAUCCAAACAAUGGUGGCUUGUUCGCAACGCCCGCGACGAGGAAGGCCAUGUUGCUCAGAAUGUUCUGGAGCCGAUGAAGCGCGAGGGGCCCAUGGAAGAUCUACCGCGGGACAAUCGCGGGCCUGUGACUCUGGACAUGACCUCCACACCCACAGAGGUCAAAGCUUGGCUGCAGUACAAAGGUUUCUCCAAAAUCACAGUGACCAGCCUCGGGGUGCUGAAUGGUAAACUUUUUCUGGGGAUGACCAAGGAUGAGAUUAGGAUGGUGUGUCCCGAGGAAGGAGGCAAGGUCUUCUUCCAGCUGCAGGCCAUUAAAUCAGCCAUUGCGCUCGCCAGUGAACCCUCAGGCCUGUACAACGGCCGCUACUAACGACCCGCAGCUCUUCAGUUAGUUUUCAUCCUCAGAUUUAUUGUGUCUAAUUUAUCCCUAUAGUCUUAAAUUCUUGGCGCUUAGCAUUUGUUAUUUAAGGGAAAGAGCUUUUGCCGAAUGAAACUCAUAUAAUUUAUCACCAGCAGCAAUACUUGAAUUAUUACUGCAAUUAACUUAUCGUGUACUUCUCGUUAUUUUAAGCAACAUUUAGCAGUUUUCCUAACGGAGUAAAACUAAAUAUGCAUGUAGACAUUUUGCUCAAUUCAACAACAUUUUUCAUAUUUAACAGCUGCAUUUACCGUUACGUACUGUAAAAAUAGUCCAUUCAGUUAUACUGCAUUAAGUAUUUUUCCAACUUGGACUCUAUUUUUUCAUGUUUGUGUGUGUGACUAAUGGGCCAAUUUCUUUAAUUGUUACCAGUAUUGAGGGAUAACCGAGUCACUAAAAGUGCUUGUUUUGGCCCCCGUCAGGCUCAUAUUGUUGUUUUAAAUGUUUGACAACAAAAACAUGUUCCCUUGCUUUUCUUGGUCUGGUCGGUUUGUUAUGUCCAAGUCCCACUCAAGAAGAAGUCUUGUCCUGAAAUUUGAAUAUCGAGCCUCAGCAGAUCCCACUCUUUACAGCAUUGUUCCUCAUCGGGUCUCAGCAUCUACAGGAACUCUCCAGAGCUUUGCGGCCUUGUGGCAGCUGGUUCACGCAACUCUGCCCGUUGUUCAAUUUGUUGGAGUUCUUGGUUAUAUAUAAAAUAGCUUAUACUGUAGAUAAAAUAAAUACUUGCAGCCCUCAAUUUCAAAUACCUAAUCCACAUUGUCAAAUCAUAUUAUUCAGCCAUAACUUUGAACAUACUCUGCCUGGCUGCCACUCACCUCGCGUUGUCUUCUGGCAACAUGUCACCUUACGAGAUUUGAGAACAAGACUGCUUGAGCAACUCUUUCCAUAAUGUUGUCACAACUAUCAGAACCGGUCAAUGGCAAACUAAAGCACUUUCAGUGGAUGCUAGCUUUCCCCGAUAGGAUUACAGUUCUACAGCGCUCUUCCUCAAUACUGGACAAAGUAAAAAACGGUUGCCCAAUAAGUCAGACCAAAAGACGUGGGAAAAUAGGUCCAGGUUGAAAAUGACAUCUUUAAAUUGAUGCUUUCUCAAGUUGAAAGAGUCUCUAAAUUUGCUUUAAUCCUUCAAAAAGAAUAAUCAAAAUGUGACUAGUAAACAAAGUGCUUUAACUCAAGUUUCUAAUUAUCUAAAUAAAGACAAACUUGGGUUUCUUUUGACACAUUUGAUUCAACUAAAAAUGGUUCUUACAACAGGCAUAUACAUGUUUGGAAAAGUGUAAAAUGUGAUUAAAGGACUUGAAACCUACACAAGCAGCU